UGUUCUGUGGCUUCCUGAACUAAAACUAAACCCACAUCCUCUUUCUCCUCCUAAGCAUCUCCGCCCCCAUUUCUUGCCUCUACUCUCCAACUAAGCACUUGUCCAUCAUCAUCAUCAUCAUCAUCAUCAUGAGCAUCUCCAUGUUGACCACAUUAUCAUAUUCAUCCUCUUCUUCCUUAUCGUCUCUCUUUCUUUUCAACUCCACAAAACUCAAACCACUAGUCCCUUCUUCUUCUUCUUCUUCUUCCCAUCUCCGAAUCAAAGCUUCCUCAAUCCAUGUCCCAUCUAACGACAACAAACCCACAAUUCCCAUCACCCAAACACUCACACGCUUCGCCAAAACCGCCAUUCUCUUCGGCGCUACUGCUUCCAUGGUCGUCCUCAAAUCGACCCACUUGCCCGCCAGAGCCGAAAUUCCGGUAACCAUCGUCGAACAAGACCAAGCCCAAGACGGAGGUGCCGAAUCGUCGUCGUCUCCGCUUUCGGAGUUUUUGGAGUCGAAUUCGGAAGCCAUUGAAGCCCUGAAGUCGCUUCUGCAGCAGAAGCUCGAGGGCGGCGAGGACGACGAGGCGUUGACGAUAUUGAAGCGGCUGGUCGCGGCGCAGCCGGCCGAGAACGAGUGGAAGUUUCUGAUGGCGAGGCUGCUGGCUGAAAGUGGUGAAAUUCAGAGUGCACGCCAGGUGUUUGAAGAAAUUCUCGCCGCGAAUCCUCUGUCGUUCGAGGCGCUGUUUGAGAACGCUUUGCUGAUGGACCGGAACGGCGAAGGACAGGCGGUGAUCGGGCGGUUGGAGGAGGCUCUGAGGAUUGCAGAGGAUGAGAACAAGGCGAAGGAAGCUCGGGAUGUGAAGUUGAUUAUGGCGCAGAUACAGUUCUUGCAGAAGAACGUGGAGGAGGCUUUGAGGAUCUACCAGGAGUUGACCAAGGAGGACCCGACCGAUUUCCGGCCGUAUUUCUGUCGGGGGAUGAUCUACAGCUUGUUGGAUAGGAAUGCGGAGGCGCGAGAGCAGUUCGGGAAAUACCGCGAGCUUUCUCCGAAUAAGUUCGAAGUGGAAGGCUACUUGCGGAGUCCAUUAUCGAGGAUGAAGCUAUUCGGGACCGAUGAGAAUUGAAUCUGAAUCUCUGGAGAUUCGAGGCUGCCUAUUUGAAAUGGUUACUGCUGGGGAUUCUUGAAUUACAGACUUUCAACACACAGAAUUCGUUUCAAUGUAUUACUUUUAGCUGGAAGAUUGUGAUUUUUAGACUUCAAAACAAACCAAGUAAACUUAAUGUUCAUUUACAAUAAAUAUUGAUAUUUCAGGAGUU